GCAAUAGGCCCCCUGCACGAUUCAUGAAGCGAUUCGAAUCAGGGACUCUCUCGGGCGACCAUGUUGGACCAUUUUGGGCGGUGGGUUGGCAGAACAUGACAAAGAUUGUCUGAGAGGUUAAAGUUGAGAAGACUGGUGGGACGAACCGUCGUCUGGUCUGGUCUGGUCUGGUCCGUGUGAUUUGGAGCCGCCAGGAACAGCCACCCAGUCACCUCUCACUUUCUCUGCCAGUCGGAGUAUUUUCUACGCAACGUUUUUGGCUUCGGAGGCAGGAAGCCUUCUUGGGUUCUUGGGUGCUUCUUGGAAGUUGGAGGAGGCAGGGCGGCAACCCUAACCCAGCCCCUGGACUUAGCGCAAGCGAAAUGUCCGACCCCGAUCGAUCGGGAAUUUCUUCUCUGACGCCGCUUCCAUCACGGCGCAAACUGCUCGCCAUGUCUGUCACCAUGGUGUAUCUGUCACACCACAGUCAACAACAUCUGCCAGUGUUCGGUUGUCACUGUGCCCGCCUUGCAUCUUUGGGCCCUGGGUGACAAAUGCUGGACACUCAAAGGUUGGACAGAUGGCCGACUUGUCCGCUAGCCAGUGAACGGCUUUUUGCACCGCUUGUGGCUGGUCAGUGGUCGUGACCGUCGAGUCAAUCACGUCCCAAUGUUGAGCCAGCACAGGCGUCCAUCAGCAGCGGCUGGCAAUUGUCCAUCAAUGCUGCGGUCCAAACGGCGCCGUUCACCGGCCAUCGUCCACCGGCCGAGGAGAAGUCGUUGAUGUUCCAGCCUGUCGGUCCUGUCCUGGUGUUCAUCGGACGGCUGGCUUCUCUUGUUGAACGUCUAGUGCGGGCACCGCCGCGGAAAUGUGAGUGGCCAAGAACGAUAUCACGGCUAUCAGGCAGCCGUUGAUGAUCUGGCGAAUGGUAGAGGGAUGGCAGGAGUUCAAAGAGUAUGUUUGGAAGUGGUUGGAGGUCGUGGCGACAGCCAGUGUAUAUAUGUGCUUGAGAAGUCUCGCAGUUCGAGAAUACUGUACCAGCUUCAGGUCAUCAAUAACCACCUCAGACAUUUGACAUUCUUCUCACAUUUACACGAAAUACCCGCACAGCCGCAAGCACCGUAUAGCCUCAGAAGCAACACCAUGAAAACAGCCACAAUAUCCUCCCUCUGGUUAGGGAGCUGGCUUCAGGCCGCCUUGGCUGAGAUGGUCACUCACGAUCACAACUUCCACCCAGAUCAUAUUCUCAGAGUCACAGAGGCUCAGGUGCCACUGUCAUGCGAGAGUCGAACAGAUAUCCUCGUCAACGGAACGUCUCCAGGCCCCGCUCUUCACAUCCUGCCUGGGACGAGCAGUUGGAUCAGGGUUUACAAUGAUAUGCCUGACCAAAAUCUGACCAUGCAUUGGCAUGGCCUGACACAGAGAAUGGCCCCCUUCGCUGAUGGAACGCCUCUCGCCUCUCAGUGGCCCAUUCCUCCAGGGCACUUCUUCGACUAUGAGAUUGCAACCAACAAUGAUGACGCCGGCACUUACUUCUACCACUCCCACGUCGAUAUACAGGCCAUCAGCUGUACAGGCCCCUUGAUCGUUGACGACUGUGGAAGCUCGCCUUACCACUAUGAUGACGAGCGCAUCCUUCACUUCCAGGACUUCUUCCAAAAGUCAGAUCAAGAGAUGAUGAGCGAUGUUACUAAAGGCCCUUUCAAAUGGGCUGGUGAAAUCCACGGCGUUCUUCUCAAUGGAAAGGGCGUUGCCACCGGCCAACAAGCCUCCAUUGGCCCGUCCGGCGGAGGCAGAGGUUUCUUCGGUGGUCGCCUCGGUGGUCGUCCUGAUGGUUUCGGUGGCAACUUCCGUCACCACAGCGGUGAUUAUGAUGACCAGAGCGACAGCAAGGGCUGUGACUCCAAGUCUGAUGAUACUAGCAGUGAUGACUCCAACCAAUCUCAAGUCCAAAUCACCGCCGGCUGUACCCUCCCCGUCAUUGACGUCGAGCCUGGCAAGACCUACCGCUUCCGCUUCAUCGGCGCCAAUGGCCUUUCUUUUCUUACCAUGGGCCUCGAGGACCACGACGACCUCACGAUCAUCCAAGUCGACGGCAGCGAGUACAACGCCCCCGUCAAGACCGACCGCCUCAACAUAGGCGCCGGACAGCGCUUCGACGUCCUCUUCAAGGCCAAGACCAUCGAAGAGCUCGAGAAAAACGGGAACAAAUCCACCUUUUACCUCCAGUUCGAGACCCUCGAGCGUCCCGAGCCCUACACUGGCUACGGCGUGGUCCGGUACGACCAAUCCACGCCCAUCCCCACAGCCCCGGCCAAUAAGGUCCUCGACUUGCCAAGAGAUCCCACCAACUGGAUGGAAUACACCUUCACCUCCCUCUUCCCUGAGCAGAACGAAGCCCCUUCCGCCUCUGAAGUCACCCGCCGCAUCAUCAUCGACGCCGAGCAAAAGCAAGAAAACGCCACCGGCAAGGUCGUCUGGGAGCUGGCUCACGUUUCCUGGACCGAGCACACCUACACCAGCCCCUUGCUCGUCGACAUCUACCAGCACGGCGACGCCGCCCUCCCCAACUGGGAAGCCGCCCAAUCCAACUGGGGCUGGGACCCCAAGACAAAGUCCUUCCCCUGCAAGCUCGGCGAAGUCAUCGAGAUCGUCUUCCAAAACACGGGCUCUGAACUCGGCGGCAUCGUCGAAACCCACCCCUUCCACGCUCACUCCAAGCAUUACUAUGAUAUCGGCUCCGGCCCCGGCAAGUACGAUGCCGAGGCGAAUAACAAGAAGCUUGAGCAGACGGGUUACAAAGCUGUCAGGCGGGACACGACGAUGCUGUACCGAUAUGGCGAGCAGGUCGGUGUUGGUGAGCCGGCUGGGUGGAGGGCAUGGAGGCUCAAGAUUACGGACGCGGGGGUCUGGAUGAUUCACUGCCAUAUUCUUUCGCACAUGAUGAUGGGGAUGCAGUCGGUUUGGACGAUGGGGGAUGCGGAGCAGAUUCGGAAGCUGCCGCCGACGGCGAUUUCGGGGUAUAUGACUUAUGGGGGGAGCGUGUAUGGGAAUUCGACACAUGCGCCGAGGCUGUACCAGUAUUUUAAUGGGACGAAUCAGUGUAGGCCCGUGGAGAAGAAGGAGAGGAUCAGGGUCUACUAA